AUGUCUGCCAAUAACCACCACCACCACCACCUCUAUCCCUCGGACCACUCGUCACCACCAACAACAACCGGCCUGCCCACUCCCGCCGCCUCGCCCCAGGCCGACCCGUCCGUCUGCUCGCCCUCGCCGUCCGUCUCGUCACAGGUGCCCCUGCGCCGCAUGCACAACAUGUCCAUCUCCAGCAUCCUCUCGCCCGACGACGGCUCCGGCGCCCACCAGCAACACCAACACCACCACCACUAUCUUCCUCAACAGCAGCAGCACUCGACGUCAGCCGCAAGCCCUCCCUCAUCAUCGAGCGCCUGCUCGCCCGGAAGCCGCGGGAGCGUGGCCGAGAAGCCCGCCAGCACGAGCAGUAGUAAUGCCAGCAGCUCGUCCGCCACCAACGCAUCCUCCGGCGCCGUCUUCACCUGGAACGAGGAUCCCGAGAAGAUCGACGCCAUGCUCCGCAGCCUCAACCCGGACAGCCCCGAGUGGGUCGUCUGGAAGGACUGGGCCGAUUUCCUGGCCGAGGAGCGCGAGAACCAGGCCCGGGAGAGGGAAAAGGCCGCCUCUUCCGCGCAAACCGCGCCCGCCCACAGCUCGGGGUAA